AUGUCGUCCUGGGGCAAAGGUGCUUGGAGCGCUCGCAAGGGCAAAGGCAGCGGCGGGAAAGCGAAGGGCAAGGCCUUCGGCGAAAAGAAAGACUAUGUGAAAAAGGUUUCUUGGGAAAAUCGGCUUUCCAAGUGGUACCUUCGCCCUUACGUGGAUCAAGCUGGCAGCCCGUUCUCUGCCAAUGGCGUCCAAGAAUCCGAGCUGCUCUCCUCAUACCACCUACGCAACAUUCUGAGCGAGGACUCCUCGGAGUAUUGCGCGCGGCAGGGCAUUGCGCUCUCGGAAGGCGCCGCGAACUUCGAGGUUGGCGCUGGAGCGUUGCAGCACCACUUCGGCGAGGACGCCGGCGCCGGUUUGAAGAAAGUUGGCAUUCAGCCAUUACUCGAGCAGUUCCAGACUGCAAAUGGCAAGAAAUUCUUGGAAGCCUGCACGUACUUGAACACUGCCAACACUGAAGUGGAACGCAACGAGGGAGCUACGGCCGCGGCCGUGAAACGCUUUGUUCGCUUCUUGACCCACGAACACGCAGAAAAAGAAGCGGCUUUCCGGAAGUUGCUGCGCCUCACGGCGCGGCUAUAUAUCUUUGCUUUUGAAGGCCUUGAAGCGAUCACCGCCCUGUCCAACCCAAAGGUCAUGGCAGCUGGCGUGCAUGCAGUUGGGCAGCAAGCGGCUUUACCGGAAGAUUGCAAGGCGUGGCUGCGCGCGCCCGAGGAGCAGGAAGCCUUGGUAUGGUCUUUGGUGGCUGCCUUCCAACACCAAAAACUUGAAGCUGGCGUGAAAAAGCGUGCUGCUGCAACCUACGAUUGGGACGAAGAGCCCACGGCGGCCGCAGCGUGGGGCAAGGGCGGUGCCGAGCUCUAUGGGGACGAUGCAGAAGACGACGCUUGGGAAGCGCAGCGGGCAAAAAAGACUUCCAAGGGAAAAGGCGGCAAGCUGACGAGCAAGCAGCCGGCAAAGAAGGCAGGGCCCUUGGCAUCGGAUGCGGAGGACGACUCAAAGGACAUCGAUCUAACGUCCUCCCAAGAAGACGCGAAGGCGUCGGCGAGCUUGGACGUGACCGGCUGGCCUUUGGAGAAAGUCGACGCGCUCAAAGAAUUCCUAACUGAGCUCGAGGGCAAAGUCGACAGCAGCAAAGACCGCCCGAGCAUCCAACAAUUGCAAGCUGUUCUGCAAGAAGUCCCGGAAACCAUUUUGAACCACCAAGGCCUGCAGAAAACGGUGACCGAUUUCAUGCAAAAGACCCGCUACCCGAGAACCGAAAACCUCAAAGCUUUGCUGAAAGCCUUGAAGGACAUGGCUGCCAUCGUGGAAGCCGAAUGGAAGAAGUGA